UUAGAUAAUUGGAAACUUGGCAACGCCGAUCAGAUUCUGAAAUGACAAGCGAUUUGUUUACCUUUGACAUAACCUGAAAAAGUUUAGCUUCCAAACAAAUAAUAAUGUCCGAGUUUGAAAGGAAAAAAAUAAUAUCUAAUAAGAGCAGAAGUUAUAAUAGAGAUGUUUCUGGAGGCCGAACAUACUCCAGCAGCAGAACUGGCCCAAUUUUAACUAAAGAAAAAGAGGUUGUAUCAGAACUAAAACAGCCCACGAUUCUUCUUAAAAGUAGAGAACCAAAUCCGGAAGACGGUACUGCAACUGCAAAGAAAAAACCUGUAAAAGAGCCAGAGUCAGUGACUAAUGUCUCGAAGGACCAUGAAGGCACACCCACAUUGAAAUUUAUGAAAAAAUCCCUGAAAUUCAUUGAGGACGGUGUAACAAACACUGAGCAUUUGCAAGAGUACUUGCAAGAAAAUACUGAUUUUAAAGUGGUAGGGAUUGUAGGCACACAAGGGGUCGGCAAGUCAACUAUACUGAACAUGCUGACUGAAAGAGAAAUCACUGAUAAAGUGAAAAACUCUUUAUUCAAAUGCCACUCUGAACCACUUGAAAAUGGCGUGACAAUUUUAACCCAAAAACUGGAAGAUACCCAUCUAAAUGACCCGAAUAUCUUCCCGAUUCAGACUGAGGAAAAUAUAGAAAAUUGCAGCAACACCACACAAGGCAUAGACAUUUAUGUAUCUCCACACAGGAUCAUUUUCUUGGAUUGUCAGCCCUUCUUAUCGGUUUCGAUAUUAGACGAGUUAAUUGAAAGUGAAAAUAAACGGACGAAUCUUGUAAGCGAGUUCACCCCUUUGGAAAACAGCGGGGAGAUUCAGGGGUUGCAGUAUACCGCCUUUUUGAUGUCUGUCUGCCAUAUUUUGUUUGUGGUACAGGAUUGGUUCUUUGAUAGUAAUGUUGUGAGAUUCAUUCAAACAGCAGAAAUGCUCAAGCCAACAAUAUCCAAUCCGGAGGACGAAUAUUGCGAGCAUUACCCCCAUUUGAUAAUGGUCCACAAUAAGGCGCAAAUGUCCGACUUUACACCGAUGCAAUUCAGAAUCAUGUCGAAGGUAUACGACAACCUCUUUCAAAAAACCAAACUGCAGUUUCACUCUAAACUUGGUUUGGCCACAGGAAGCGUUAUGCCCACUUUAAACCCCGAAAACUGCGAGAAUCAAGUCAAUUUAUUUCUCGUACCUGAAUAUUUGUCCGAGGAAGAAAGCCCGAUUUACAGAGGGCAUCCGCCUCUGGAGGAUUUAAUUAAGAAGUUAAGGGCCAACGUGUUCGGUGCCACGAAGAAUCCUUUGACUCAUAUUCAGCUCACCGAAAAAACCUGGCUGGUUUAUUGCAAUAAAGUUUGGGAGACUGUUAAGAAAAGUCCGUUUUUCGUUGAAUAUACUAAACUGAUGCCUUGAUUAGGAUUAAUCGGGUAAGAAAUUUUUAUUCACAUCCCCGCAGGUCUUAAACCGAUGAGGAGUCUCAUAAAGGGAGUCUAGAAAAUGCGAAAAAAAAACGGACUUUUCAGGUUGCUUUUGUCAUUCUUGAAACUCCAUCGCCGUGGCGUGUUUAUUUCAACGAAUGUACGUUACAGAU